UAGAAGAAGAAUAUUUAUUCUUUUGUUUUGAUUAUAUUCUUUGUGUGGCGGUGAUAGCGUGUUUCUAUAAAAGAAUUAAAGAGACCAAUAUUUACGUUAAAAUGCGUAUGCGUAGUUAUUUUAAAAAUCCUGAUGAUCCAUCUGAUGGUUCGGAUAUCGACGAGUUAGCAGAUGCAGAGUUAGAAGACGACGAAGAAUUAAUGAUAAAUGCACGUGGAGAUUGGAGCGAAGAGGAUGUCGAUGAAGAGGUUGCUGUCGACGGUUGGGGCGAUGUUGCAGAUGACACAGACGAUGAUAGUUCUGAAUUUGAUCCAAUGGCCACAGAUUCAGAUGAUUCGAUGAGUGAGGGCGCAGCAGCAGAGAAAUCAAAAACAAAACAAAAUUCCUCUUCAGAAGCUGGAACGAGUAAAGGCACAAAACAGAAUGAUGACGAAGGUGGUGGUGGCGGGGAUGCAGACGAAGCUAAAUCCUCUGCCUUAGAUUUAGAUGAAAAUGAAGAAGAAGAUGAGACGGUAAGAGCCAUAAUAGCCGCCAUUAAAAAGCCUCGUUCCUCUCCGCCUGAAAUAAAACUUGAGGAUUUUGUUACCGACAUAUGUUUUCAUCCACAACGUGAUAUCAUAGCUCUGGCGACAAUUACUGGGGAUGUGGCCUUGUACAAAUAUUCAAAUGAGGGCAAUACACUUCUGCGAACCAUAGAAGUUCAUGCCAAAGCCUGUCGCGAUGUUGAAUUUUCACAGGAUGGCAUUAACAUAUUAACAUGUUCUAAGGAUAAGUCAAUAAUGGUCAGCGAUAUGGAAACCGAAAAGCUUAAAAAAUUCUACGAGAGUGCCCAUGAUGAACCCAUUAACAAACUUCAUGUCAUAGAUGAGAAUCUCUUCGCCACAGGAGACGACAGCGGCACAGUUAAAUUAUGGGACUUAAGAACCAAAAAUGAGGUAUUUGCUUUAAAAGAGGUUGAGGAUUACAUCACUCAAAUAUUAACCAAUGAAGCCGGCAAACUUCUACUUGUGACCAGCGGCGAUGGUUAUCUGACCACCUUGAACAUAGGAGCCCGUAAACUGUAUGUUCAAUCAGAGCCGUAUGAGGAAGAACUCACUUGUAUGGGUACUUACAGAGGCGACUCCAAGUUAGUUGUUGGCACGUCAAAGGGGAAUCUUUUCACAUACAAUUGGGGACAAUUCGGAUAUCAUUCCGAUAAAUUUCCAGCCAUUAAAUCUCCCAUAUCAGAAAUGAUACCCAUUACAGAUCGCAUAGCCUGUGUUGCUGGCGAAGAAGGCAUUAUUCGUGCCGUACAUAUAGCUCCCUUCAAAAUUUUGGGAGUUGUGGGUCAACAUAAUAUGCCCAUUGAAUCGUUGGAUAUCAACAGCACAGGCGAAUUGAUUGCAUCAUCUUCGCACAAUAACGAUGUGCGGUUUUGGAAUGUGAAAUACUUUGAGGAUUUUGGUGAUAUUAAGUACAAUGAGAAACACAAUAGUUUCAAGGAAAAACGGCAUAAUCUACCUUCAUCCAAAUUUGCGAAUGCAUCAGAUUUCUUUUCAGAUUUGGCCAAGGAAGAAGAUGAAUAACGGGAAUAGUUAAAUAUGUACAAAGGUUUACAAAAUUGACGUUUCCACCCUAGAUAAAUAUACAUGACAAUUGUUUUGGCACAGCAGCAAGAAAAUUAAUACAAAUAUCAUCCUAAAAAAUUGGAAAUAAAAAAUUCCCCAAAAUAUUGAAAUAACUUUAUGAUAAACUUUGACUCUUUUAAAUUGAAGGCGGCAAUACAAAUAUAUAAUACCGAUGUGAUGUCUUUCCAAUUUUUUUUAUUACAUUUAUUUAUUUAUCUAAAGCAAACAUUUGCUUUCAUAUUGAUGAAUUCUGAAAGACUUGGAAAUUAUUUUAACGCUUGAACUUAACAUGUUCUGGUUUACCUGAAAUUCUAAGAAUUUCCUAAUUCUGACGAAAGCAAAUAAAUAUCUGCACAGUUAAAGGUUUUGUUUGAUAUUUUGAGGAAGCUAUAAAAACAUUUGCUAGAUGAUUUGUCAAGUAUAUUUUUUUCCUUGAGGAAAACCAUGGUAUAAAUUGUGUCAAAUAUAUGAUUCUACCAUGAGGAAAACGUAUUUUAUGUAAAAAAUUAUAUGUAUAUUAUAUUUUGUUCUUUUUGUUUGCCAAUUGAUAAAUAAAACUAUAUUGGGACAUAUAUGAACUUUAAACUAAAAACUUAAAUAUUUUCGAAUUUUGAAACUUUAUUUUUCGCAAUUUUCACAUUCGGCGCGAGAAGAGAAAAAUAACGUCACACCAUAGACAAAGAAAAUGAGUAGACUAUGAAACACAUUCAUUCAUCUGUUUUGAGAUUUUUGAACAUAUUUUAAGGAGUCUAUGCAUUUCCCUUGUGUAUGGUCAUACCAAGGAAAGCAUCAAUAAUAUUUGUCGAAUUGCAAAAGUUA